UCUUUUAGAGCUAGCAUGCUGAGUAUUAUGUAGUCAAAGAGCAGCAUUAUGUGCUGUAACCCGGGACUUCCGGAUCAUCUUACAUUUAUAAAUAGCGAGGUAGGGCAGGGGACAAAGAGCAGUUCGAAGGCCAGUUGGGUCUGACCACCUGUAGGAUGAAGCCUUUAACUACUGCCUUCUCCUUCCUUGUUCUUGCAGCUGCUCUUGGAUUCCAGGCUCGGGGGAUCAUAUAUGGCUUUGAAGACUCUUCCGACUGCUGCUUCUCUUAUAACUCGAGGAUCAAGUGUUCAAGAUUUGUAUAUUAUUUCCCAACCAGUGGUAGCUGUACCAAGCCAGGCAUCAUCUUUGUCACCAAGAAGGGGAACCGGGUCUGUGCCAACCCCAGUGAUCUGAAAGUUCAGAAAUGCAUAAAAAUCCUGAGGCCAAACUCAUGACCACAGACCUGCGAACAACAGCAUGUGCUUGAGGAGGAGGACAUGUACUGCCAGCCACUUUUCUUCUGUCUUCCACAGUGACCACCUAAGGAGUGCUAAAUGUUCGUUUUUAUUAAUAGACAAAAGAUUUGCUUUCUGUUCCGGUUCAAAGCAACACAGCUAGCUUUGUCACUAAGGGGGAACUUAUCUGUGCCAACCCCAGGGAUCUGAAAACUGCGAAGUGCAUGAAAGCCCUGAAGCUGACCUCAGUGUCUACACAUAGCGUGUGGUUAAGAUAAGAGGUCAAGGGCUGGAGAGAUGGCUCAGUGGCUUAAGAUAGCUGACUUCUCUUCCAGAGGAUCUGGGUUCAAUUCCCACUCACAUGGCAGCUUGAACUAACUGCAAUUCCAGUUCCAGGGGAUCUGAUGCCCUAUUCUGCCCUUUAAUUAGUAUUUGCAGUAUUUUUAUGAAUUCACCUUCACUAUGACUAGCGCCACCUUGAGCUGUGGCCAUCAUGAUGGCCUCAGAACGCUUGUGCUUUCCUGCAUAGCUUCCCAGCAGAGUGUUAAGUGGAUAAAGUAGAAGAGUGGUCUGUGGGGUUUGAGAAUGUGUCUGGUUCUGACGUCGGCUUAAGUCAAACUGAAUCUACUCCACUAGGAUGAAAUCCUUCCGGCCUUGGCCCAUACAUAUGCCCAUCCCAGCUGA